ACGGGCGUUUCUCAUUCUACAUUAAAACGGUUUGACAGGAUGCCAGGUUUAGCUGAUGGUUCAGUUGUGGACGACCAUGACCAAGCCAUAACUGAAGCUCUGGAGCAGUCCACCUUUACGUACCUGACCCCAGAGGGUGAUGUGAGGGAUCCACAAUUGACUGCUCCUAGAGGACAUGGAGACCCAUUCCAGAGAGAGAUGGACAGCAGCCGAGAGCGACAAAGAGAGGAUGAAGUGACAGAGAUGGAGGAGAGCGUAUACAGAAGGAUGGGACAGACAAAUCGUUGCUCACCGACUGCUGAUCAGGAAGAGGUGAUGUUGGAUGGCGGUUGUGUUGGAGGAAGACUGAGCGGCCCAUCAAGCUCUGCUCCAGACAGACCUGUGAAGUUUGAUAAUUAUCUGGGAGAUUCGAAAGAUGAAGAGGAAAAUGCUGACACUACAGGCACAUGUACACUGCCAGGUGAGAUUGAAGAAGAUCUGAUAGCUGUCUCCUCUUCAUCGCACUGUCACCACACGCUGCUGGAGACCUCCUCUACUUUCACAGACCAGAGGACACACACUCCCUGUGCAGCUGAGAAUCAGGAUGAAAGCGAGGAGGUCGUUCUUUUCCAUCUGGAUGAGAACUUUGAUUAUGAUAAUGUUGUGCUGUCUCGCAAAUACGCCAUCCAGGAACAUAAUGGCAGACCAUCUUGA